UAGGAAGAUUGCCGAUGGGCUGAUUUUCUUGAAACCUAUUUUGUUUUGGUGUCGACGCGCCACUUAAGCGGAGGGCCGUCGAAUCAUACCCACGUUUUUGAUUGGUCGAGUGUAUAUAGAUAUACUACGCGUCAUAUUUAUCUCUAUUGAACAUAGAUUGAUGGAUUAUCGGUCUGUUGUCUACUGCUUGCUACUGUGGACUCUGUAUUACAAUAUCUAACGGAUCUAUCAGCUGUCAAAAAAUAAAAUUCGUUCCAAACGAAUGUAACGAUUAUUCAACAGCUGCAAAAUGUCGUGUUAUGAUUUUAUUAUAAAAAGGCUAUAAUAGAACUCGCGAAAUAUAGUGAUACACGCAAAAAAUUAUAUACCAAUAACUUAUUUAAUCCGCAAUAUUUCACUCAGCAGGUCCUCUAACAAUAAUAAUAAUGAACACGAUGGAACUCAUAAAAACGCCAAAGGUAGAAAAUGUCCGUAUGCUGGAUAAAUACAGUAAUAAUCAUACUGUUGGCACCUUGUACCCAACAGCAACACAUCUGCUUUUCGUAGAUCUAAAUGGAAAAAAAGAAAUUUGGAUUCUCUAUAUGCACGUUGCCAGUGUCGAAAAGCUUCCAUUGACAACAACUGGAUCACCCUUAUAUAUAAGAUGUAAACAUUUUUUGACGGUGACAUUUGUCAUUCCAAAGGAACGUGAUUGCUAUGAUAUUUAUUUGACACUCUCGAAGCUUUCUUCUCCAGCUAGACUCGAACAUCUCUAUUGUUUCUACUAUCAAGAAAGUGAGGAUGUAUUACCACAACAGGCAGGAUGGAAUUUUUUUGAUGUACAAAGUGAAUUCCAACGUCAAGGAGUUCCUAAUGAGGAAUGGUCAUUGACUUACCUCAAUAGAAAUUAUGAGCUAUGUGAUACGUAUCCACGAUAUUUAUAUGUACCCACCAGUUGUACAAAUACAGUCUUGUCAGGUAGUGCUAAGUUUCGGAGUAAGGGAAGAUUGCCUGUGCUAACCUAUCUCCAUCCGAACGAGGCGGCAAUUUGCAGGUGUAGCCAACCACUUUCAGGAUUUAAUGCUCGUUGCCCAGAAGAUGAAGAAAUGCUUUAUAAUAUUCUACAUACUAAUUCCAAUGCUACAUAUAUGUAUGUUGUAGAUACUCGCCCUAAAAUUAACGCCAUUGCCAACAGAGCGGCCGGUAAAGGCUACGAGAAUGAGAACUUCUAUGACAAUAUAAAAUUCCACUUUUUUGGAAUUGAAAAUAUCCACGUUAUGAGAGCAAGUCUGAACAAGCUUGUAGAACUACAGCGGUGCACAUCAAUGAAUACUUUUUUAAGCAAUUUAGAAAGCAGCGGUUGGCUAAAACAUAUUCGCUCUAUUCUGGAAACUGCCUGGUUUAUUGCACGUGCAGUUGCAAGCGGUGUUACUGUUGUUGUUCAUUGUAGUGACGGCUGGGACCGAACAGUACAAGUCUGUUCACUGGCUGCAUUGAUGCUUGAUCCAUUCUAUAGGACGAUCCAGGGAUUCCAGGCGUUAAUAGAGAAGGACUGGCUGUCAUUUGGUCAUAAAUUCAGCGACAGAUGUGGUUUCAUCGGUAGUGACGGGAAAGAAUUGUCACCAAUCUUUACACAGUUCAUUGACGCCACGUAUCAACUUCUUAAACAAUCACCGACAUCGUUCCAAUUCAAUGAAUUGUUCCUUUUGACGCUGCAUGAUCAUGUUCACAGCUGUCAGUACGGAACUUUUGUUGGCAACUGCGAGAAAGAUCGGCAGAUUCUUAGGUUAUCGGAAAAAACUUAUUCUCUCUGGGGAUACAUUGCUAAUCACGCAAAUGAAUAUUUGAAUCCACUGUAUUCUUUCAGUAAGAAUAAUUUGGAAAGCGCUCGUGUUCUUCAGCCAAAACUUUCUGCACAAUCUAUCGUAUUCUGGAGCGGACUGUAUUGUCGCUUUGAAAACGGUAUUCAUCCACGAGAAACUUUUGAUGACCAUUUAUUAACCCUUCACGAUCAGUCAAGCUCGCUGGAAGAUCACAGCAAACUGUUAAUUAAGAGAAUCAAUUCCCUUGCGCAACUAGUGGGAUUUCGACAACCGAAUAAGCUGGAUAAAUUUGAAAAACUGAAUAAUAAAUUUGACAGGGAAAGUUCAUCAGAGAAAAUUAUUGAAAAUUCUAACGAUGAAGUUCGGAAGAUCCUGAAGUCUGGUCAGUUAGAAAAAGAACUAAAGACAGUUGCAUUAGAUUGGAAGUCAUCACGGAACGUCGAAGAAUGUACAUGCGCUACUACAUUCGACGUGUUUAAUCGAAAAGUACAGAAUUAUACGUACCAUUGCUGGUCUUGCGGUAAUGUUUUAUGUACUCGGUGUAUGGGAGCACACAGUGUACUUUCUGGUCAUUUAACGGAACGUGCUGUGCCAACCUGUAAAUCGUGUUCGCAAGGUUCAUCGGCAGCUUCGCCAACAACAUCUUAGAAGAAAGACAUAUUGUAUCAGUACAAAUAAUGGAUGAAGGAAAGCUAGACUAGAUCCAUUUUAAAAUUGUAAAGUCUUUUAAUUAAAUAUACUGUAAAUCUUAUCCUUAAAAUUCGAUAGAUUGACCAAUGAUUAAAUAGAAGAAUCUGUCUUGAUAUAUUUGCAUAUAAUCUAUAAGAGAGAAGAAAAAGCACUUUGUGACGAAUGCACUAAGUAGCUCUGAUCUGUGAAAUAAAUAGUAAUCCGACUCGCGAAUGUCAAAGAACAGGAAUAUAUUAUUUUCGAACAUU